AUGGCAGAUCACGAAGUGAGCUUUGUGGUAGUCCGGGUGCUCAAAUUUGUGUUCCGAGCAAUAGCAUUACCAAUAGUGCUGCUGGUACGGCUCAUGACAAUUUUAUGUGGCGGAUGGUUUCAAAGUUUGGAUGACCGACAUAAAAUCAAGGAUGAUUGGUACAUUGCAACUUAUUUUCUGUUAGCUGUCCCGCGGUACAUGUGGAGUGUCUACCGUGGGAAGUUUCAAUUUUGGUACACCUUCGAGCGCCACGUCAAAAACUCUGGGAGUCUAUCCUGCAUUUCAUACCCCAGACCUUUGAACAGAAAGGGUGACUUUGAUUUAGAGUCUUACACCUACCGUGAGACUUAUGAUAUCGUUCUGAGGCUCUCGUACGUGCUAUAUCAUGAAUACGGCGUGAGGGAAGGACACACUGUAGCGAUCGACUAUGCAAAUAAGCCGAUGUUUAUUUUCCUGUGGUUUGCACUAUGGAAUAUUGGUGCUAUUCCGUCGUUCUUAAACUACAAUUCUGUAGGAACACCGCUAGUGCAUUCCAUAAGAAUUGCGAACGUGCGCGCUGUUUUUAUUGACCCACAAGUUGGUGCUGCACUGAAAGAAACCGAGACUACCAUAACAAAGGAACUGCCUCAGGUUAAGCUUCACUACAUGAAUGAGGAAACUGUCUACGAGACCAUUAUGAACCCAAAUUCGCCUCAGUUUCUGCAGGAAGUAGAGAAACGCUCUCCCCCUUUCGCUACUGAUUUUCAAGCGGCGUGUCUGAUUUAUACAUCAGGAACGACAGGUCUUCCUAAAUCUGCGAUUAUGUCCUGGAGAAAGGCUGUUAUUGGUUGUACUUUAUUUGGGCAUAUUUUGCGAAUUAAAAAGAAUUCUACGGUUUUCACGGCAAUGCCAUUAUAUCAUUCUACAGCUGCUCUGUUGGGCGUAUGUGCCGUCUUCUCACAGGGUGGAUGUGUUGCGAUAUCAAACAAGUUUUCCGCUAGUUCGUUUUGGAAGCAGGCUUCUUUGACAAAAUCUACCCACAUUCAAUAUGUGGGUGAAAUUUGUCGCUACUUGUUACACACACCAGUUUCUGAAUAUGAGACAAAGCAUUGCGUUAAGAUCGCAUAUGGGAAUGGUCUGAGAGCUGAUAUAUGGCAAGAUUUCAAAAAUAGAUUUGGCAUUAACGUCAUUGGAGAGUUUUAUGCAUCUACCGAAGCUCCUUUUGCAACAACCACAUUCCAGAGAGGAGACCCUGGUAUAGGAGCAUGCAGAAGUUACGGAACUUUCAUCAGUAAGAUCCUUUCGAUCCAACAAACCAUCGUCAAAGUGGAUCCCGAUGACGAAAGCCAGGUCUACAGGAAUACGAAGGGUUUCUGUGAGGUAGCACCAGUAGGUGUACCUGGUGAAAUGCUGAUGAAAAUUUUCCUACCCAAAAAGCCUGAAGCCACUUUUCAAGGCUAUCUAGGAAAUAAAAAAGCUACGAAAUCAAAAGUCUUGCGAGAUGUCUUCCGAAAAGGGGAUGCUUGGUAUCGCUCGGGUGACCUCUUGAAGUCCGAUGACCAAAAUUUGUGGUAUUUCGUUGAUAGAAUGGGCGACACGUUUAGGUGGAAAUCUGAGAACGUGUCAGCUGCUGAAGUGGAAGACCAAAUCAUGGCUUUUGCCAAUGACAAGAUUUCUGCAGUCGUUGUGGUUGGUAUCAGUGUUCCAAAGCACGAAGGAAGAGCGGGUUUUGCGGUCUUAGAACUGGCUCCACAGGCUCGAAAUUUUAGUGGGGAUGUAAAUUUUUUAAAUGAGAUGCUAUCCACUUUAAGAAAGAGCCUUCCCAAGUAUGCUCUGCCUACAUUUAUCAAAUUCGUUGAAGAAAUUGAGCACACUGGUAAUCAUAAGAUCAUGAAAAAGAAUUACAAAAAUCAAGUUUUGCCUCAUGGUGUGGGAGGCGAUGAUAUUUUGUACUGGUUGAAGAAUGGUGCUGAGUACAAGCCACUCACAAAUGCGGAUUGGAUUGAUAUAACAUCAGGAACCGCUAAGCUCUAA